GAUGAAGAAAGGACGUUGAUUGCUCAUUAUUUUCAGUUCUCAUUGAUCUCUUCAUUGAUAUCGAGUUGUGGUGAUGUGAUAAGCCUACGUGACAAGUCUCUGCUCACACUUGAAGUGACCACAUUCAGCCGAAAGUAUCCAAAUAUUCCAGUGGAUUUAUUGGCUGCUCUUCUUGCAAGUCGCGAUGACGUAUCGCGCAGUGAAGCGAAGCAAAUGGCCGAGGAGGUUGUUUCCCAUGUGCAGUUUCAUCCGCGAGAUAGAGUUCUGGAUCAGCUGUUUGCUUCAGUGGUCGGGCGUAGUGACUCUUCUUCUUGGAAACCCAAUCUUGACAUGAUGAAUAUGCUUUCAUCCUUUAUGCGCAGAGAUCAACCCCAAUCAUGA